CAGUUACUUUUCGGCUAGUCAUCUUAGAGAGCCUUUAAGCGGGAGACCUCUCUGCCACUCUCGAUUGGCUUCGCCUCUUCACUCAAAAAUUAAGCAAAAGAAAGUGGCCCUGUCAUGGCAAGAUCCCUCUAGAAAUAAGCAAGAGGGCUCUUCAUUUUGCAGUUUAUUUCCCCUUCCUCAGCUCUGAUGACCUCAUUGUUUUAUAGGACUUGAAUUGAAUGGUACAGUUGCUGAGAUGUUUCCAGAAGCUUUUUUAGCUUUUAUGCUCUGCACAACUCUGACACCCCUGUAUGCUCAAAACAGUGAAGAUGUGGUUCCUGGAACUUCUCUCUGCGCAGACAAAACGGACUGUCCUAUCAGAGUGUACUUUGUGAUUGACACGUCUGAGAGUAUUGCCCUGCAGACUGUGCCCAUCCAGAGCCUGGUGAACCACAUCAAGAGUUUUAUCCCUGAAUUCAUCGCUAGGCUGGAGAAUGAACUCUACCAGAGCCAAGUGUCCAUCACCUGGCAAUUUGCAGGACUUCACUAUUCAGAUGUGGUCAUAUUCUACAGUGAUUUCACUAACAGCAAGGAGUUAUACCUUGAUAAGUUGAAGGGCAUUCAGUAUAUUGGCCGGGGUACUUUCACAGAUUGUGCCCUCUCCAACAUGACAGCCCAAAUACUUGCCAAUACAUCUCCCGGGGUGAAUUAUGCAGUAGUGAUCACUGACGGCCAUGUAACAGGGAGCCCCUGUGGAGGAAUGAAGUUACAGGCUGAAAGAGCACGUGACGCAGGAAUCAAGCUCUUUGUGGUGGCCCCCAGUGAGAAUAUCUAUGAACAGGGCCUUCGAGAAAUUGCCAACUCCCCACAUGAGCUAUACCGUAAUAAUUAUUCCACUACCAAGAAAGAUUCCAUCGAUAUAGAUGUUGACACCAUUGAUAGGAUCAUCCAAGUUAUGAAACAUGAAGCCUACGGAGAGUGUUACAAAAUGAGCUGCCUAGAAAUUGCAGGCCCACCUGGUCCAAAAGGCUUUAGAGGACAAAAGGGUGCAAAAGGUAACAUGGGAGUUCCAGGCGUUUCUGGACUGAAAGGACGGCAGGGUGACCCAGGAAUUGAAGGUCCCAUUGGAUAUCCUGGUCCAAAAGGUAUUCGUGGCCUGAAAGGAGAAAAGGGAGAGUUUGGAGGAGAUGGAAGAAAGGGUUCUGCUGGAUUUGCAGGAAGGAAUGGCACCCAUGGACAAAAGGGCAAACUGGGACGGAUUGGACCUCCUGGCUGUAAGGGGGACCCAGGUGAAAGGGGUCCUGAUGGUUACCCCGGAAGUGCAGGAGAUCAAGGAUUACCAGGGGAUGAAGGGAUGAAGGGUGAUUCUGGCCGACCUGGCCGCAAUGGACCACCUGGACCACCUGGGGAAAGAGGUGGCAGGGGACCAAAAGGAAUCAAUGGAGCUCCUGGCAAUUCUGGCAUCAAAGGAGCCAAAGGUGGACCUGGACCUAGUGGACCCAGAGGAGAACCUGGCCGCCGUGGUGAUUCUGGACCAAAGGGGACUCCUGGAAAUCCUGGACCUAAGGGAGAGAGGGGAGAUCCUGGUCCUGAGGGACAAAGAGGGCUACCUGGAGAAGUUGGAAACAAAGGAGGACAGGGGGAGCGAGGACUGCCUGGACCACGAGGUCUUCCAGGUGGUGUGGGAGAAACAGGCAAGCCUGGCUCACGGGGAGAUCCUGGUGAUACAGGUGUAAGGGGUGACCCAGGUCCUCCCGGACCAAAGGGAGACAGAGGAAGACCUGGCUUUAACUAUCCUGGCCCCAGAGGACUAGCGGGUGAUAAAGGUGAGAAAGGGCUUCCAGGACCAGAGGGUGCAAGAGGUGAAUUUGGACCAAAAGGCCCUCAAGGGGUAAAAGGAGAGAAAGGUGAACCCGCUGAUCCUGGCCCACCGGGUGAGCCUGGACCUAGAGGAACUACUGGUGAACCUGGACCUGAGGGUGGCCCUGGCCCUGCUGGAGAUCCUGGCUUAACAGACUGUGAUGUGAUGACCUAUGUCAGAGAGACCUGUGGCUGUUGUGAUUGUGAGAAACGGUGUGGCCCCUUGGACAUUGUUUUCAUCAUAGACAGUUCUGAGAGUAUUGGGUACACAAAUUUUUCCCUGGAGAAGAACUUUGUCAUCAAUGUGGUGAGCAGGCUUGGUUCCAUUGCCAAGAGCCCAACAUCUGAGACAGGCGCACGUGUUGGGGUUGUCCAGUACAGUCAUGAGGGGACAUUUGAAGCCAUCCAGCUGAAUGACAAGCGAAUUGACUCCCUCUCCAGUUUCAAAGAGGCAGUGAAAAAGUUAGAAUGGAUUGCAGGGGGCACCUGGACUCUCUCUGCCCUUCAGUUUGCCUACAAUACUCUCAUCAAAGAAAGCCGAAGAGAGAACGCUCGUGUAUUUGCUGUGGUAGUGACUGAUGGGCGCCAUGAUCCACGAGAUAACGACUCCCACUUACAGGCUCUGUGUGGGGGAGAUGUCAUUGUCAAUGCUAUCGGGAUUGGAGACAUGUUCAACAUGCCAGAGGAAGACGAGACCUUGCGCUCCAUUGCCUGCAAUGACAACCAGAAAGUCCAGAAAAUGAAGCUGUUCACGGAGUUGGUGGCUGACGAAUUCAUUGACAGAAUGGAGCAUGAACUCUGCCCAGAUCCACAGAUUGUCUGCCCCGAUCUCCCCUGUCAAACAGAUGGGAGGAACCCUGGGAUCGAAAACCCAGUUAUUUUCCGCCCUAUGGAAGAGGGAGUCAAGAUAACAUUUCCCAGCACCAAACCCAUGAUCGCCCAGUUCCUGAACUCCACGAGGGAGAUCCAGGACCCCAGCAUGUACACCCAGCUGGUGGCCACCUUGGCCUAUACCGCCGAAAAAGCUAAGUUUGCCACUGGACAGGAACGGCAGGAAUGGAUGGACUUGUUCAUUGACACCUUUAAAAUGGUGCACAGUGAGAUUAUGGGAGAUCCAGAGACUGUCAUAGGCCUUUGCUGAAACUGUGUUUGUGCCUCUAAAACAGCUAGGGCUUGGUUCUGCCUACAGAGCAUGUAGCAAGUCAUAGGAGCCACUUCCGCUGCAAAAAUUGCACUAGUGUUAAGAAUCUGCAACAAGUGACGUGCCUGGCAUAGGAGUCUUCUUAAAAGACAAUUUCAAGAGCUAUUCUGAUUACAUUCCUCUUUCGCUAGUGCACUGGGGCUUAUCAGAGCAUGGAUUUAGUUCUGGUGUUUCCAGAGGACAGGGCAAGAGAAAGCAGGGCAGCUGAAGAGAACUGCCUGAGUUCCUCCCCUGGAAACAAGGCAGGGCUGACAAAUUCAUAUUUUGCUGAGCAAUCCAGUGCAAAAUGGUGUGGGAGGAAAUAUAAGCUUUGCCCUUGGCCUCUUGGAGUAAGCUAGGAAAAGGAGAUAACCAUACAGUAACUGUGUAAACACCUACAACAUGGGCUGGAGAGGGAAGGAUGUCUAAGUACAUGGAGCUUGUUAUUGGCCAUCCUUGCCAAUAACGCUAGUUAAUGAGGGGUGGUUACCUGCAUUUUUACAACUGUGGGCAGUGAUGUCUCCAUCUAUCCUGAAGCUGUAGCAUGUGUGUAUGACAGAAAUUUGUCUUUAUGAGCUGGCAACAUGGGAAUCUGUUGUAAUAUAUAUAUGUCUGUGUGUUUGCGUGUGUAUGUGUUCUAGCUAUUGACUGUCUAGUAAACAAUGUCUGUGUCUGUUUUUCUGUGUAUUUGCAAGGUUUUUCCUAGGUAAUUCAGGGAAACGUCCAUAAAUGUUCUCUGUCCUGAAAUCUAAUCUACAUCUUUUUGGUGAGCAGACUAGAAUAAAGUGUUUGAAGGAACAUUGACUGCAUGCCAAAGAAUGAAUAUAAAUCCUCUUUUGUCUCGUUCUCAUGCUUGAGAAUGAAAAAUUGCAUUUUUCCCUUUUUGCCUGCAAAAUAUUAAGUUACAGUGAACCACUGUAUCCGCAGGGGAUGCAUUCCAAGACCUACUGUGGAUGCCAGAAACAAUGGCUAAUAGUGAACUGUAUAUAUAGAAUAGACUUUGGUUCCAUUUAGUGGCCAAUUCUGGUAAUACACCUUGAAAAUUUGUAUUUCUGGGUUUUUUCAUUUAAUAUUUUUAGGCUGGAGAUAAGUAAAACCAUGGAUACUGAUGCUGAGGAUAUGGGGGUCCUACCAUAUUUUCAGGUGCUCCCGACUAAAGUUCUUGCAUUUGGAAGAAUUAUCUUCAUGCAAUUUGUGCAAAGUUAUGAUAAGAUCUGCUGCCUUCCUGCAUAGACUUUUAAAAACUUGAACUAUCAAAGGAAUUGUUUACAUCCUUUUGGCUGAGUACCCAGAUUUUUCUCUGCUCUUGUGUGCAUAGCUUCACAAAGAGAAAAUAAGGUAGCUUCAGCAGACACAUUUCACACAAAUUGUUGAAACCUGGACAACAACCCCCUGCAGGCUUCUUACCUCAUUGUUGUGCUGGAAAUGAAAAUCCUCAGUCAAGUUAAUUAUUUCUCACCAUGGUAUUGUGCCAAGAACAAGCAAUUCUGUAAAUACGUAUGUUCAAACUAGUCCACUUGUGUCUGUCUUCAACAUAUGAUUCCCUCCUAUGGUGCCCUCCCAUGAUAUCCUUCAGACAUGUUGGACAGUAGUUCCUAUCAGCUAUAGGCCAAGCACAUUGGGAGUUGUCAUCCAAAACAUCUGGGGUUCACCAUGUUAAAUAACAUUUUCCUGCUACCUUUAGCAAUGAGAUAGAACUUCAGACCGAAUCUCCCCAUUCAGUUGCCCACACUGCACUGGAUCAAAAUUGUGCAGAGGAAGCGGCAGGGAGCCUUCCCAAUGAAACCAGAUGACUGUCCUUGCUAGAACUUGUACUCCGAGUGUUUUGUCCUUUUAUUAUGUUCCACUUGUUUUUAUUCAGUAUAGUGAGGUUUCCCGUGUUGGAUGUUCCUGUUGUCUAUUGACAUCAAAUGUACAGUAUCAGGAAAUAUGCUAAUGCAGUGACUGCACAAUUUAAUAUAUUCUGUUACUUUACCAAAUAAUGUGAAAGUUAAAUGUAUUUCGCAAAGGCCAAAUAAUGUGAAAGUUAGAUUUAAUUUAGUGGGUGUCAAUAUGAAGGUUCAUUUCAACUCACACCCAACAACAAUAAAACAUGUUAGCCAGGUUUUUAUGAGCUAACAUGUAUUAUUCAUGUUUGGAGCCCACAGUCAGAUCCAAACAUAUUGUGGAAUGCCAGUAAGAGAAAUUCAAACAAUGUCAAAUGUCAAACAAGCAUUUUUCAAAAGCAGCCUUUCCUCCUGCAUGGAUUGACGUUUGUCUUCACCAAAUAACGAGAAACUACAGGGAUAAAGAAGUGAAUGAGUUCCAGAGGUCAGAGAAUGAUGAUUUCCACCAACUGUGGAUUCCUUUAAGCAAUUUCCAUCACUUUAACCAGCAAAAUUCAAUAUUGGCUAUGUGAAUACAGUGUGAUAACCCGCAACAUGUCUAUUAGCUGAGCCACUUUUUGUGCAAGUCGCCUUUCCAUUAUUCUAGUUAUAACAGAUAAACUGAUGAUCACACACACACACACACAAAGAAUUCAUAGAUUUACCCCCAACAAAAUGGCUCUUUUUGCAUUUGCUUCAAGGUACAUAUUCCUAUUAAUUGUGCAGGUCUUGUUGCUACAGCCCAGUCACAGGCCAGUAUAAAUUUGGGUCUGUGCUUCCAUCAUAAACUGGCUUGUAAGAAGCAAUCAGCCAUUUCCCUGAGGUGAUUCUAAAUUAUAUGGUGUGGUCAUAUAAAAGAUGGAUAUGGCGAUAUCCCUCUAUCUGCAUUUUCUAAAGCAGCCAUUCUCAACCUUUUUUGGGGGGCACAACCAUAUACUCAAUAUGAAAGAAACGUAGUCCGAAUCAGGAUUGUAUAAGCUGCAUAACAGACCUUAUAAGGUGGUGUGUGAAGAAUUGUUUCCAGUCUG